AUGGCCGGCGGACUUCAGAAAUACAGACACUUGUCGCGCAGCAGCUCGCACCGUCAGGCUCUGCUCAGAAACCUCGUCACAUCACUUUUCAAGAACGAAACGAUAUCCACAACAUGGCCCAAGGCUCAGGAAGCCCAGCGUCUGGCCGAGAAGUUGAUCACUUUGGGCAAGAAGAACACCGAUGCCAGCAAGAGAAAGGCUCUCUCCAUCUUCUACGAACCCCACGCUCUUAUUCCCAAACUCUUCGGCCCUCUUCGUGAACGCUUCGCAGACCGUCCUGGUGGUUACACUCGUGUACUCCGUAUCGAGCCCAUCAAAGAAGACCAAGCACCCUCUGCCAUCCUCGAACUCGUCGACGGCCCCAAGGACAUGCGAUUCGCCAUGACUGCCCGCACCGUCUCCCGCCUACGCCGCGAGGGCAAGCCUAUCAAUGACAUGACCGCCGGUAACAUUGCAAAGGUCACCCGCUUCCGUCCCGAUGGCGAGAAGGACCUGGAAGACAUGGUCGCCAAGUUUGACAAGCUCGAGGCCCAAGGUGAACACGGCUUCGACAAGGUUUACAAGCAGAGAGUAUACCACACUCCCAAGGCCUCGAGAUAG